CCGGCAUCCACGACACGGCUGUUCUCGCCAAGAUCGGCGCAAAGCCUGACCAAGUGCCCCUCGACAACAUCAAGCUCGCUGGCGACUUUUUGGUCUGGAUGGCGAGCCCUGAAGCUGCUUUUCUUAGGGGCCGUCAGGUAUGGGCCAAUUGGGACGUGGACGAGCUGAAGCUAGAGGCUGAUGUCCUCCAGGCUGGUCGGAUGCUGACAAGUGUCAUGGGUGGUUGGCCAUAUCCUUGGCAUCUGCCACAUCAUAUGAUCGGAAUAGAUCUGCCUUUAAUAGCUGAGGAGAAGCUUGUGUAAUAUCCAUGGCUAAGCCAACUCUUAGUGGGCAGGAAAUAUCUGCCUGAGUUUGCAUGUUAGCCCUAGCAUCAGAGCCGCUUCUCCGCCAAUAUGUGCUUCUCAACAAGCCGAUCCAACUUGACAUGAUGCCCAAGCCAGGCACAAGUCUACACCGACCCAAACCCAGGGCGGAACUCAAUGGGGGGGGUCAUAAAAGUAGACUGUGUGCUGCGUGUAGUAAGAAAUUGUGCAAAAUAACUGUUCGAUCGACGUACCAGAGUCUAAAACUGCCCAUGUCCAAAGCCCGUAACCUCUGGAAGUGUGCUGUCCCAAAUCCUCAACCAUGCCCUCUCGUAGCAGCA